GAAUCGCACCAGGUUGGCAUUUGGAAUAUAUUGAUGUGAAUGACUCUGCCAUGGACAAGACAUUUCGCUUCCAAUGUGAUCGUUGGCUGGCUAAAGGUGAAGACGAUGGGCAGCUCAUAAGGGAACUGGCUUGUGCCAACAAUGACAUUUUGGAAUUGAAGGAACGGACCGCCUAUGAGAUUGCCACAGUAACGAGCGACAGAGAGGAUGCAGAAACAAAGGAAAACAUCUGGAUCAUCUUAGAAGGAAAGCUGGGCCGCUCGAAAGAAUUCCUGAUGGAAAACUCUUCCAAGAAAAGGAGAUUUGAAAGGCUGAAAGAUCACUCUCACGUGAGGAAAGAGGAAUAUGAGCCUCGUGUGCAGACGAGCCGGAGGCACAUCUCUUUUUCUUCAAAGAACGUUGGGGAUAUUGCAGCUAUCUGUGUUGGACACUGCCCCAAGGAUGGGAAGAAGUCAUCCGCAAAAGCUGACGUCUUCUGGCACGUCCAAGAGAUUAUCAUAACGGAGAUGGAGCUUUGCAACAAAUACUUUUUCAGGUGCAAUGUGAAAAUCCCUCUGCGUUACAAGAGACGGGACUACAAAGUCUUUGAGUGUGCCAAGGUCACCGAGAGCUUUGCCAGCAAAGCACGGAGCUUGGUGCCAGUCAAAUAUGAGACUAUCGUGGUCACAGGCUUUGAAAAAGGUGCGGGGACUGACGCCAACGUGUUCAUCACCAUCUUCGGCUUGAAUGGGGACUCAGGAAAGCGGGCGCUGAAGCAGAAGUUCAGGAAUCUUUUUGAACGGGGCAAAACCAACAGGUUUUACCUGGAAACACUGGAUAUGGGGGAGCUAAAAAAAGUCCGGAUUGAGCAUGACAACAGUGGUCUGGCGCCAGGCUGGCUGGUGGAGCGGGUGGAGAUCACCAACUCAGCGACUGGUGUGACCACCAUAUUUCCCUGCGGGAAGUGGCUGGAUGAAAACCGGGGCGAUGGGUUAAUCUGGAGGGAGCUUUUUCCUAGGUACUGA